AUGCGCUGGCGAUGGCGGCGACUCAUCGUCCCCAGCCUCGCCGCUGUUGCAGGAGGUCUGGCCUUGCUGGCGCUUUGGGAGAACUUCAGCUGGCUUGACCGUCGAUCAGGCACCGAGCAUGAGGCUGCGCAGGCUGCGCAGGUGGAGGCAUUGAAGGCGCGACUUCAACACGUGGAAAAGAGCGUCCAGGAUCAGCUGGCAGACCUGCGGACGGAGAUUUCUGAGCUAAGGGCUGCCGUGGUGUUGCAGCCUGCGCAGCCCAUCACAAAUGCUCCAUCAAUGCUGCCAGCAGAGGCUGCAAAAGACGCGGGCAAGACGAAAGUGGCAUCAAGCCUUUGCAACAUUUUCGUGAUGUGGAACUAUGCCAGUGGGCCACCAAUGUUUAUUUCCAAGAAUUUGGAAUCGUGGCGUCACUAUUCGCAUGGGCGUUGCCAUUUCCCUUGGAUGAUCAACGACACAAAUAUCCGGGAGUUUAUUCCGGAUUUGCCGGCCGAGUUCGAGCGCAUGCCAUAUGAUGCUGCCAAAUCAGACAUUGUUCGGUAUGCCCUUCUGUAUCAUCACGGCGGGAUGUAUUUGGACACGGACUUCCUGGUGGCAAAGGAUCUUGCGCCGAUCUUGGACCGCAUUGAUGACCACGACCUCAUUUCCUACACCACCUCGGGCCAAGCAUGUCGCCGCGGCAGCUUCAGUUCAAACUUCCUUGCUGGCCGGAAGGGCAGUACGCUCUACAAAGCAGUUUGGGAGGCACAAAAGCGAGCGAUGACCAGCCACUGCGAUGACACGCUCAAGGUCAAUGAGAAGAAGGUUUGCUGUGCGGAUGAUGUGACCCGACAGUGUCACAUCCCGUGGGCUGGCAUUGGAGAGAACAUUGCUCACCCGGUGCUGAAAGACAUGCAAGCGAAGGGCACCCCGCUGAAGAUUCAUUGCUUUGAAGGUGACGAGAGCUUCGUACCUGGGAGUUUCCAGACGAUCAUUGAGAAGACCCCGUCCUUACCAAGCGCAGUCCAGGCGUUUCAGCGAAGCGGCGUCAAGAAGCCCAUGGACAGGAUCAUGUACCAUUUGUUUGCUUCCUUGGGCUUUGCCAGCAGAUAUGAUGGUCCUGCGCUCUUUGAUGCAUCCACUUUCGUUGGAGCCUUGUACCGCAGGAGUGUGGGCAACUUCACUGAGAUCCCGCGAGAUCCGCUGGAAGAUGGGCCUGGCGUCAUUUGCGCCAGUGAUGGUGGUGCCUGUCAGUGCAAGGGCAAAGUUCGAGCCUCGGAGUCCCGGAGAUCACGUCGUUGUGCUUCACUCUUACAGACUCUUACCCGAUGGCCAGAAGCCAAGAUGGGGGCAAGUGAGGUCUUCUUUGGCAGGCGAUUCGUGAAUGACCAAAGUGAGCCAAAGGCUGAGCUCAAGGACCUUCUGAAGCGGACGUAUUCUGUCAAAAGCGUGGACGGAGAAAUCAGCUGCACAGUGGCUGUCUUCGGAGACCCUCUUUUCACGGUGCCAAAGCAUUGCAUCUGCCAGCCCGAGCCUUCGGAAGGAAAAGCGUACUUACGCGUCAGGGCCACCGAGACUGCAGGCGCGCAGCGUGUGGGGCCCUACGAGGAGCAGCAGGCCCCCUCCAAAGCCAGAGCAGGCGCCUGGUCGCUGCGCCUAUGGAUUCGCGAUGCACGGGAAUACGCUGCUACGUUGACGCUGCCGCAAGGGCCUCGAGGUCGAAGCCAAGGGGUACUGGAGAAGGUGCUAUCUUCGGAAAGUGCCCUUGUCAAUGGCUGGGAGGAUGAGAUUCGGAUGUGGUGCCGGCAUCUUUGCGAAGACUGGCGCUUCCUAACGCUGACAACAGUGCUAACAUUCGGUGCUCUUCUCGGAGACGACCUACGGCUCCUAACGACAGGCAAAGAGGCUGACAACUUCUUCAAUGUAUUGAUUGUCGUGGCUUUUAUUGUCUUCACAGUGGAGAUCAUAGCGGCUUCACUUGGUGACCGCACAUACCUCUUUAGCUUCUUCUUCUAUCUUGAUAUUCUCGCGACUGUCACUAUGCUGGUUGACCUCACAUGGUUCGGCAACUUGCUUUACUGCAAAGACUUGAACUCCUUCAGUGCUGCCAGCACGGGCAGCUGGGAAGGCGCUGUAGCCAACCUGGCGGACACUCGUGCGGCCAGGACAGUUCGGAUCCUGCGGCUCAUACGGCUCGGGAAGCUGUACAAGUUUUAUCAGCGCGGCAUGGAGAUCGCUAAAGCCACCGAGCGUCUGUAUGCUGUGCCACCUGGCACCCCCAACGAGGAGAUGUGGGAUCUGACGGAGUCAGGCUUUAAUGAAAGCAAGGAGGACUCGGAAAUGGAUGGCCAAGCAGAGACCAGAGUUGGGAAGAAGCUGUCCAAUAUGACAUCCCGGAGGGUCAUUGUGCUGACUCUCGUCAUGCUCUUCUGUUCAGGCUUCUUCAAUGCCGAGAGCUGGGGACAAGAGUUCAAGAGCUCGGGCGCCAUUGGGGCAGAUCUUGUGUAUGAGCGCUUUCGGUCUUGGUGCCCCACAUCUACUCCUGGCCUGCCAUGGUGCUUGCAAGCGCUUCCAGAUCAGACUCCUGCUGCGCGCGAGGAGCAGCGCAUGUGGUACGAGCAAUACCUCGUGGGCUUUGUGCGGAGCCACUUGAGUGGCUCGUUCGCUUGGCGUCUCUACUGGCUAGGUGUCAAGUCUGAGACGAUGCUGGCUGUCAACGGAAGUGAAACAGCGGCCGACUUCCUGGGUUCCCUGGGACGGCUGAACCAAGACCGCUUUCUGGGAACUGCGCUUCGGGAGGAUGAACUCUGGCGGUGGGACGAGUUCAAUUCCUGGGAUCCGACGGGGCCCAUCCCAGAAGAGGUCAAACGUCGACUGGCAGACCCAUGGCGUGAACGAUGCUUGGGUUUUUUUGGGGUCCCCGUGUCUCCAAACAGCCAAACCUUCACCUUGUCGACCGCUUGUUCGGUGACAGACACGCUCCGUUGCAAUGAGGUACAUUACGAUACGCCGAUGACGAAGACUGGAGAGGAGAGGGGCAAUGUGGAUCUGCUCUUUGCCUUUGACACCCGGCCAGUGACGCAGAGUGCGGCUGGCUUGAACAUGCUGCAGACCUGCUUCAUUUGCAUGGCCUUGGCGGCCGGUGCCAUUUCCUUCGCCCGGGAUGCCCAUGCUCUGCUUCUGGGUCCGCUGGAGCGGAUCCUCGUGAAGCUGGAGGCCAUCAGGAAGAACCCCUUGCAUGCGAUGAAGUUGGGUGACAUCGACUUCAGGAUGCAGGAGCUGGAAGAGGAGGAGGAGGCCAACAGGCAAGGCUGCUGUCGCAAGAAGAAGGAGACCAAUGACUUAGAGACCCUCGAGACAGCGAUCUUGGAAAGGACACUGAUUAAGCUUGGCGGCCUGUUGGCCUUGGGCUUUGGAGAGGCGGGUGCAGAGAUUAUCGUCCACAACAUGCAGGGCGGGGCGACCGCCGAGCUGAAUGCAAUGGUUCCAGGUCAGGAGGUCGAGGCCGUUUUCGGCUUCUGUAGCAUCCGCAACUUCACCGAUGCCACGGAUGUCUUGAAAGAGAAGGUCAUGGUCUUCGUCAACCAGGUCAGCGAGAUUGUGCACGGCAUAUGCGACACCUACCACGGCUCGCCCAACCAAAUCAUUGGUGGAAACUCCUUCAUGGUGGUCUGGCGUUUACGCGGGAAAGACCCGGAGGUAAGAAGCAAAAUCGCCGACAUGGCCGUGAUGGCCUUUGUGUGCAUCACCAUCGAGGUGCAGAAAUCCCACGUUCUGUCUGUCUAUCGAUCGCACCCGGGGCUCCAACAGCGCUUCCCGGACUUCCGGGUCACUCUGGGCUUUGGCCUGCACUGCGGUUGGGCCAUUGAGGGUGCCAUUGGCAGUGAGUACAAGAUCGAUGCGUCCUACCUGUCGCCGAACGUGAAUGUGGCUUCGCAGCUGGAAGCUGCUUCCACGCAGCUGCAGUUGUGGAUUCUGAUGUCCAGCUUCAUGGUGAAGCUGUGCAGCAAGGAGCUGAUGGAGUACCUGCGAAUGGUCGACCACGUCAUGCUGGAAGGCUCCAAGAAGUGCCUUCGACUCUUUACACUCGAUCUGGACCAUACCCGGAUCCAUGUAAAGCCAAAGCUGCGAGGGCGCUCCAAGAAGGUAUACAACAGAUACAAGGUCAGACAGAUGAGGGAAGCAGUCAAAACCGAGUUGUGGACUUCAGACUUCGACUUGUGCGAGACUUUAGCCAACCACUCGGAUUUCGUGGUGAUGCGCGAACCGUACUCCAAGGAAUUCUUCGAGCGUUUUGCGGUGGGCUUUCGCAACUACGAAGCUGGUGAGUGGUUGGUGGCUAGAGACCUCUUCCUGACUUGCCACUACUCGGAGGCCGAAAUGUGCACGCGUCUGAUUGAUCCCUGA